CACUGUGGCCUUGGUUUUUUUUUGCCCACAUGACAUUAAGCUCCGAUCUUAAACAGAAGUGUGAUCAGAAGUUGACAUACGAGAAUGAACUGUUUACAGAACUGAUUACUUCCUACUACUUUAUAAAAAGUACUUGUCCGAAAAUCAUUACAAGCAGAGCAACCAUCCUAACCAGAGCUCCCCCUAACUUUCCAAUAAUGAGUGCUACAGGCGGCACGUCUGCUCGAUGUAUGUUCUCUUGAGAGGCUGAAAUGAGAUGAACUUUGGUCUGAUUUUACCCUCACGUCCAUCCCUGUGCUUAAUCCGCAGCAAGAAACAACAAUGGUGCUACUCAACAUGAAAACAUAUCUGGCCUUACUGUGGGGACUUUCUAUUUGUUUUACUAUGGAGUCUAUGAGUGUGUCCAUCCCAGAAAUAAACUCAACUCCUGAACCAGACAAGACAACCAAGCAGAUGACCAGUCCACAUGUACCUCAUAUUAAAACUCACAAACCUACAGGAGUUACAAAUGCAACAGCAGAGAUCACUGUGAUGCCCACUGUAGAAAUGAAAAUCGUCACUGGCGGAAGUGACAGCUCUGGUUUGGUUGCUAUAACCUCUGUAGAAGCAACAACAAGCAACUCAGCUCCACAACUGCUUCAAACCUCCAAAGCGGAGGGCACAACUUCAGAGGAAGCACAUCCGUCCCACACCACAAUCUCAGAGGCAGCAAAACCUACAGAGGAUCAGACACAACAAUCACCCACCACCACCGAUAUAAGUGCUCCUUUAACACCUUCUGUAGCGUUGGCAAAGUCUUCGCCGCAGCCUACCUCCACCCAUAAGCUUGAAGUAUCAUCCCAGUUGUCUUACACCACCUCUCCUGCUAAUACUGCUCAGGGUCCAGUCUUUACCCAGACCCUCGUCAGUCCCUCAGCUUCUACUACAACCAUUUCCACAUCCACCACCAUAACUGAGAUUUCUUCUACGUCUCAGCCCGUUUCUGAGACAACACCUGUCUCCACAUCACAUAUUCCUAGCACAGCAGGGUUGAGGUCAACUGCUGAGUCCCCCACAAACUCAUUCUCCACCGAUUUACCCAUCUCCACCACCAAUGUGUCCACCACCAUUGUCCUAACCACCAUCUCUCCAACCAAUGUCCCUCCAACUAAUGUCUCCACCACCGAUGUCUCCACCACCAAUGUGUACACCACCAUGGUCUCCACCACCAAUAUCUCUCCAACCAAUGGUUCUCCAACCGAUGUCUCCCCCACCAAUAACUCCCACUCCAGUAUCUCUACAACCAAAGUCUCCCCAACCAAUGUGUCUACCACCAAUGUCUCUCCAUCCAAUAUAUCUACCUCUAAUAUUUCUUCCUCCAAUGUCUCCCCAUCCACCUUCUCUACCACCGAUGUCUCCCCAACCAAUGUAUCCACCACCACCAAUGUCUCUGCCCUUCCUGCUUGUGUACCCAAAAGGUUACCAAUUCCAACCACCAAACAAACUCCGGUAACUACCACAGCACCUUGUGAAGUCUCAAAGAGCCCGUCCAGCACCGAGGCCCAACCCUGCUCCAACCGGGGCUUGGUGAAGCAUUGCCUCAUCGCCAUUUCCUCCUUGGCUGCGUUGGCCACUUUCUUCAUGGUUACUACCAUCAUCCUCUGCACCAGGCUGUCAUCGAGGAAAUACAAAGUGAAGAUGCCUCAGCCGGCCACAGAGAUGAUUUGCAUCUCGUCCCUGCUGCCUGAAAGGGAUUACACGUACUCGAGGCAACGCAAUGCAGUCACUAACGGAGUCCUGGUGAUGCACGGUGCGGAGGACAGCGAUGAGGACGGAGGAGACAACCUCACUCUCAGCAGCUUCCUUCCAGAUAAUGACCGCUAUGUUUAGAGUGAAUUAUUAUUAUUAAAAUCAGACUUCAGAAUGGACUGAUGGUUAUGGUCUCUGUAAAGCGGAAACAGUUGCAUGAAGUCAUGCUUCCGGUUGGAUGUUGGUGGUUUGGCUUGACUGCAUGCUCAAUUGCUGCGAAGGAACAGACAUAGGAACCACAAACAAAACCAAAACAGUCACUGUUUCGUGUUAACGCACCAUUAAGCAUAUCUGGCGUUUGUCAAGGCCAUCAAAUGUCUCUGCAAGAGUUAUGACAUUUUGCAUAUUUUUAUACCAGCCCACAAGAGAUUUUAAGUCAAUUCAGGAUGAAGACACUGAUCAAAGACUGUUUUUUUUUUACAUCCUGAGCUGAGCCCUGACGGUAUUUCACUUAGCAACAGGAGACAGGAAGGCUUGUUUUGUCAAGGGAUUAGUCUUCACAGACACUGUUCAGUUUACAGAUGCUAUUCUGGUAGCACUAGGGCUUCACUGUAUGAUUGAUGGUAAACUGUAUGUGCCUUGUUUAUCCGGGUGUAGAGAUGCAGCUUGUAUAUUAUGAUAACUUAUUAAAAUAAGGCUUCAUUUAACAGUUUGGAAUGCUUAACGUUGGCUUGGUAUCACCUAAUACUGUUUGUUAGUACUAUUUUGGGACACAUGGAAACUAUUUUCUGACACUCUUUACUUUGUUAGUUUUGUGCUGAUAUCCAAAUGAAUUUCUUGAAAGUACUACUAAGUGUAAUGCCUACAUAAGAGUCUUAGCUAUUUUUAAUUUAAUGGGAAUUUGUUAUUUGGUAAUCAAACAGGUUUAAUUGGGGCUAACAACUUCAAAGGAAAUUAUUUGAAAAAGAUUAUACUUUAUUGACCAAGAAAAACUUGUGGGCUAAUAAUGUAUGAUGAUCUCCAGUGAAAACAACAGCUAUUUGUUCCAUGUUAAAGGUGUUUAAAGUCCGCAUUUGUCUCUAAAUGGUAAACAGUCACAAUAAAACUGUGUUCCUUGAAACAAGUCAGUUCCCU